GCGCGGAGAGAGGCGGGGGGCGAGGGGAUCUCCAAGCGCCGCCGCGCCCUCCUCGCGCCCGCCCCGCGCCCGCCCGCUCGGCGGCGGCGAGGAGGCGGAGACGGCUGGCAGGCGGCGGCCGGACCGGGGCCAUGGCGCCCGCGCAGCGCCCGCUGCUGCCGCUGCUGCUGCUGCUGCUGCCGCUGCCGCCGCCGCCGCCCUGCGCGCGCGCGGAGGACGCCGCCCGCGCCAACUCGGACCGCUACGCCGUGUACUGGAACCGCAGCAACCCCAGGUUCCACGCGGGCGCGGCGGGCGACGGCGGCGGCUACACGGUGGAGGUGAGCAUCAACGACUACCUGGACAUCUACUGCCCGCACUACGGGGCGCCGCUGCCCCCGGCCGAGCGCAUGGAGCACUACGUGCUGUACAUGGUCAACGGCGAGGGCCACGCCUCCUGCGACCACCGGCAGCGCGGCUUCAAGCGCUGGGAGUGCAACCGGCCGGCGGCGCCGGGGGGCCCGCUCAAGUUCUCGGAGAAGUUCCAGCUCUUCACCCCCUUCUCCCUGGGCUUCGAGUUCCGCCCCGGCCACGAGUACUACUACAUCUCUGCCACGCCCCCCAACGCCGUGGACCGGCCCUGCCUGCGCUUGAAGGUUUACGUGCGGCCGACCAACGAGACGCUGUACGAGGCGCCGGAGCCCAUCUUCACCAGCAACAGCUCCUGCAGCGGCCUGGGCGGCUGCCGGCUCCUCCUCUGCACCGUGCCCGUCCUCUGGAGCCUGCUGGGCUCCUAGUCCCCGCCGGACGCCCGCCCGCCCCGACCGCCUCAGAGACCAAAACGCUCUGCCGCUCCCCGACCGGUGCUGCCCGGGGCGCGGCCGCUGGCCCAGCGUCUCCCGGGGCGUCGGAGACCCCUGCAGAGCCUCUCCACGACUUUAGCAUUUUUAGUGUUAUUUUUCAUGGUUUUUAAUUUAAUUUAUUCCCGCCGUCUCCCGCGUCUUGGGAGGGGCGGGGGUCCCUGGCCCCCCGGGGGAGGGGGCUCCCUGGGGACACUGGGUCUGCUCCUGUCUGCUGUGCAGACCCCCGGUGCCGGGGACAGGCCAGCCUGAGGCCGCGUCCCUGCGCACCGCCGCCCGCCCCUUGCUCCGGGUCCGGGGACAGCGCGCGGCCCGGCCACCCCUCCCGCCCCCUCGGAGGCUGCGAAGACCUUACGUUUCUGUAAAUAGAGCCAGUGAGUAUAUACUGUGAUUUAUUUUUAAUGUAUUCCUGCGGACCGACUCGAAAGUCUUUUUUUUUUUUUUUCCCCAGCCCUUCGUGAGGGUCUUUUAUUUUGGCGGGGGGUGUGGGUGGACUUUUUAGAGUAGCAGCUUGUUUCGUCUGUCGGAGCCCCCUCCCCGCGACUCUGUCGAUGCUUCUGGGAGAAAUGAAGACUGUACAGCCCGGUGGGGGAGGGGAGGCUGCGGGGCGGGAGCCUCCCGCGCCCCCUGCCCGGGGCGGGGCGGGGGGGGGGCGCCGCGUUUCUACAGAUUCCGUCCCUCUGCCCCUCUCCUGACUGUGUUUUCUACAUAUUCUAUAUAAAUCUAUUUCGUGCACGGUCGCCGCCCUCCGCUCGCGGCGCGCCGGCGGGGGGCGCGGGGGCGGCGGCGCCCCGCCUGGAGCUGGCGCCCCGCCGCCCCGCCCCCACCACAACCCACUUUGGACUCUGUAUUUUUUAUAAUAAAAGAGCAGAAGGCUG